AUGGAGAGGGUGAAUGUUGUCAAAGAUGUUGCAAAUGCAUUAUCAUAUAUGCACCAUGAUUGCUCGCCUCCAAUAGUUCAUCGAGACAUAUCAAGCAAGAACAUCCUGCUGGAUUUAGAGUAUAGAGCUUAUGUGUCUGAUUUUGGUACAGCUAGGUUUUUGAAGCCUAAUGCUUCUAAUUGGACAACAUUUGCAGGCACAUUUGGAUAUAGUGCUCCAGAGUUGGCAUACACAGUGGAACCAAAUGAGAAAUGUGAUGUUUAUAGCUUUAGAGUGGUAGCAUUGGAAGUGAUCAUGGGAAAGCAUCCUGGAGAUCUCAUCUCCUACUUUUUGUCACUUUCAUCAACAUCAACAGCACAAGGUGUACAACUGAAGGAUGUCUUGGACCAACGCCUCUUGCCUCCUAACAAUCAAGCUGCUGAGAAAGUGAUCGCAGUUGCAAAUCUUGCAUUUGCAUGCUUGCGAACGAGUCCACAAUCUCGACCAACCAUGCAUCAAGUUUCCCAGGAGUUGUUGUUUUGA